AUGUCUAACGAUCCAUCGCUUAGCUGCCAGCAACAGUCAAAGAGCGAUCCGAAAUCAGAUUCUAGUCUCAUCUGCCAACUUGUCGCCCUUUUGAUAAUGUCAGCCCUCCCACCUCUCACCACCACCAAGUUCGACGGGAACCCGUUGAAUUACCUAAUGUUUAAGUCGAAGUUUAUGACGCUGUAUCACAACCGGUGCAGCGACAAAGGAAUUCGACUAGCGCAUCUGCAGGAGCUGCUUGCUACGCAUGUUCUCAACUCGGUAGCUGAUUGUGUGCACGACCCGAGCAAAUACGAAGUGGUUUGGCAUCGACUCGACCAAGAAUAUGGCCAUACCACUAUUAUGGCUCAGACACAUCUGAACAACCUCCUUCGACUUCUGUCUGUGCAGCCAAAUGACAGCGCCAGUUUGAAGACAUUCUCCAACAAGCUUCAUGGGGCUGUCUCCGCUCUGUCAAGAUCUGGACUCGCAAGCGAAUUAGAGUCGCUGGGCAACCUCAUGCAUGUCGUCACCAAACUGCCGAAGACCUUGAGGGAAAGAUGGGGAGAAAAGGUGAUGAAGAUGCAUCCCGCUAUACCUUCAAUUGUCGAUCUAGACGACUGGCUGAACCUCCAGUCGAAGGGUUCAGAUUUCGCAAAAUUAAUGGCUGGCCCUUCAACACUUCCAAGGACUCCACUAGUCGUGCCCAAGAGAAAUGGGAAGGGAUACCCAACUCCCUGUAUGUCUACCAUCAACCACGUCACCACCUCAACGCCCGAAACAAACUUGCUGCCAACGAAAGUGGGAGGUCUGCGGGUUAACCCACCCAAUACAACCUCCUUUAGCCAAACAAAAGGCAGCCCAACGUGCUUUGUUUGCAAAGAGCCAAUCCACAGAAUCGAAGAGUGCAACACCUUCAGGCAGAUGUCUCCAACACAACGAGCGGAGACGGUCUUCAAAGCGGGCAGGUGUCUCCGAUGCCUUGCAGGAAAACACACCAGUCGAUUUUGCAGAUUGAAAUCAAUUCGAUGUAAGGUCGAAGGAUGCAAGAAUCCGGGGCACUCGACGUUGCUUCAUGGUUCCGAGUUUUCUACAAGAAACAAUGCAAGCACCUCAAGUGACUACAAGACUACAUCAGAAUCGAAACCAACAUGUCGAGUGACUUUCGACAACAAAGUAGACGAAGCCUUCCUUGGUGCAGUAUCACGCUCCGGUUCAGACACACCACGUCGAGUGCUUUUCAAAAUUGUUCCUGUUCGUCUACAAUAUGGAGAGAAGGUCUUCGAUACCUUUGGUGUGAACUUAGCACAUAUAACGAAGUCAUCAAAAUACAACAUUUAA